AUGGAGCAAUCCUUGACGGCCAGCAGCGCUGGCGAGGAGGUGGACUGGACGAAAUAUGAACCGCCGGAGGCCUUGACCAAGGUCCCCAACAUUACAUCCGAGACCAUCAUGGCCGUCGUGGUAGCCUCAUUGGACAACAUCCGGCAGCAGAUCAAGGCCGAGGAGGAACAAGCCGCGCGGCGCGAAGAAGCGGCAGCGAGAGACGCCGAAGCCAACAUCGCCAGCAAGGGGAAGGACAAAGGAAAGGCUGGCGAGGAGCAGGCUUGGAGCGAGAUCAUGGCUUCAAUUCCAGGGCCCGAUCCAGGGCCCCCUCCGGGCCCGGCUGGCGCAGGUCCAAGCAAACCUCAUGGACGCUCCCGCCUCGGCAUAUCUAGGAUUCUACGCCAUGUCGUCGGCGGGAACAAGCCCAGAGAGGAGAAGAGUACCACUUCCACAGGUCAUAAUCAGGCUCCCCCGGGCAAUGAUAUGCCUAGCCCCACCGGGUUCACGAAAUUCGUGUACAAACACAUCAAGCCAGCAUCUCAAGAGUCGGUGGAAGGGCCAGUUGAAUGCGUCUCCUGCCUAGAAGACAUCCCCCCGAAGGACAGAGUCAAAACGGUGUGCCACUACUACUGCAAGGAGUGCUUCGAGCGGCUCCUCCGGACGGCGAUCGAAAACGAGGCGCAAUGGCCGCCCAAGUGCUGCCUCAACCCGAUACCCUUCCGGACGAUCAACAAAUACAUCCGCGGUGGCCUGCUCGGCGACUACAAGAAAAAGGCGGAGGAGUUCGGGACCCCGGUCGAGUCACGCAUCUACUGCAGCCAGCCCGACUGCGGCGAAUGGAUCCGCAAGGAGCACAUCAACCGCGCGGCCAAGACGGCGCGGUGCCGGCGCGGCCACUCCCUCUGCACCAUCUGCCGGCAGGCGGCGCACCCGAGCAACGCCAACUGCCCGCAGGACCACGACCAGCGGCUGGCCGACCGGCUCGCCGAGGAGGAGGGCUGGCGGCGAUGCCACAAGUGCUCCGUCCUCGUCGAGCACCGCGAGGCCUGCCAGCACAUGACGUGCCGCUGCGGCGCGCAGUUCUGCUACGUCUGCGGCGCGCCCUGGUGCACCUGCAGCUGCAACAUGGAGGCCCUCGAGGCGCACAAGAGCGCCGCGCGGGCCCGCCGCGAGGCCCGCACCGCCGAGGAGGACGCCGAGGCCCGCGAGCUGCGCGAGGCCCUCCGGCUGGUCGAGGAGUUCGAGGCCGAGCAGGCCGCCGCCGACGAGGACCACCGGCGGCGCGAGGACCGCGCCCGCGAGGACCGCCGCCGCCGCGCCGCCGAGGAGCGCGCCCGCACCGAGGAGGCCCGCAGGGUCGCCCUCGACAGGCGCUACGCGGACCUCGGGCGCACCCUCGCCGACCUCGAGGACCUCCACCGCGCCUCGGUCGCGCAGGCGCACAGCGCCGAGAGCCAGGCAGAUGCCCGGCGGGCGGCUCACGCGAGGGCCGCGCUGGCCGCCGAGCACGACGCCGAGCGUGUCGCCCGCCGGGCCGCGGUCGCCGCGGCGGUCGCAGACUGCGAGAUGGAGUGGGACCGCUACUACUGCGCCGGGGUUGCGUGGGAACUGCGCCUGGAGAAGGAUUAUGAGGCUGCGCUGGAGCAGUUCUGGGCAGAUAAGCUGGGCGGCCCGGAGCUCGUGGGGCCCGCGAUGGCAGCGUAUAAGAGGAAGAAUGAUCUGCGUAUGGACGCCUGGAAGCAGUGGAGGGACAGCGAGCUGGAGAAGUUCAGAUACGCCCAGGAGGAUGAACUAGCGAUACGGAUGGAGCUCAUGGGCGACGCGAAGAAGCGACAGGAGGAGACGCUCUCGGCUCACGAGGCUGAGGUCAAUAGGAGGCAGGUGGCCGAGUUGAAGUGGGUUGACCUAGUCAUGGAGGAAAGGUCAUUCUUCUGUUGUGAAGGCACAAUUUCGCCGCCGAAGCGCCCCUCGACAAUCGCAGCAUUUCCGCCUGCACUCACUAAGAUGUUCGGGGGCCUGAUCUACGUCGCGUGCCUCCUCGUCAACGCAAUCGCCAUCCUCUCCGAAGACCGCUUCCUAGCCAGAAUCAACCUUUCCCCGUCCUCCUACGACCCCGCCUUCGGACAGAAUGCGGACGCGAGCGCCAAGGCAAAGGUCAUCAACCUCAUCGCCAGCGUCAGGACACUUAUGAGAACAUAUGAACUGGUGCUGGGGUGA